UGAAGUCUGCUUUCUAUCCCCUCUACCUGUCCUGCUCAUCAUGAAGCGCCUGGGCUCUGUGCAGCGCAAAAUACCGUGUGUGUUUGUGACGGAAGUGAAAGAGGAGCUCUCCACCAAAAGGGAGCAUCAGGCCAAGAACAAUGCUUAACCUUCAGGAGGCAUUUAGCAAAUAAUUGUCAAGUGAGUGAGUGAACACACUAAACACCUAUGGUAGGAGAGCAGCGCUGCAUAGGACAUGGUUCCUGGUGUUGAGCUCAUUAUGGCGGAUAAAGAAACAUGAAAAAUCAAUAAUCUGUGGAAAAACAGGUAUUGCUGUGAUAGCAUGGAAAGCAGGGAUUGAUUCCUGAGAACUUCAUGGACAAUAUUUUUAAAUGGUCUUAAAGGGUAAACAGAAGAUUGGCCCUUAGAGCUAGUGAAAUCAAGAAUGUCCCAGCCAUUUAAAGUUUUGGCAACUGAAACUGUAAGUCACAAGGCAUUAGAUGCAGAUAUAUACAGUGCAAUUCCAACAGAAAAAGUGGAUGGAACAUGUUGUUAUGUUACUACCUACAAAGGUCAGCCAUAUCUAUGGGCUCGACUAGAUAGAAAACCUAACAAACUAGCUGAGAAAAGAUUUAAAAAUUUUCUACAUUCAAAACAAAACUCAAAAGAAUUUUUUUGGAAUGUUGAGGAAGACUUCAAACCUGUUGCGGAGUGCUGGAUACCGGCAAAGGAAAUAGAACAGUUGAAUGGAAAUCCAGUGCCUGAUGAAAAUGGACACAUUCCUGGUUGGAUACCAGUGGAAAGAAGCAACAAACAGUAUUGUUGGCAUUCCUCUGUAGUUAAUUAUGAUUUUGAAAUCGCCCUGGUCCUGAAGCAGCAUCCUGAUGAUCCUGGUCUUUUGGAAAUUAGUGCAGUGCCUCUGUCCGAUCUGUUAGAACAGACACUGGAGCUUAUAGGAACAAAUAUUAAUGGAAACCCAUAUGGGUUAGGAAGCAAGAAGCAUCCAUUACAUCUUCUUAUACCACAUGGAGCAUUUCAAAUAAGAAAUUUACCAACCUUGAAGUACAAAGAUCUGUUGUCCUGGUUUGAAGGUUGCAGAGAGGGUAAAAUUGAAGGAAUAGUGUGGCACUGCAAUGAUGGCUGUUUAAUCAAGGUCCAUCGCCAUCAUCUUGGUUUAUGCUGGCCAAUUCCAGAUACUUACUUGAAUUCAAAACCAGUUACUGUUAACAUGAACCUGGACAAACAUGACUAUGCUUUUGAUACUAAGUGUUUAUUUUAUCAUUUUUCAAAAAUAGACCAUCAGAAAUUUAGUAGGCUCAAAGAUAUAAUACUUGAUGUAUAAUCUGGAAGUGUAAUUAAAAACCAGCUUUAUUGUUAUAUGUGAAUCUUGAAUAUUCUGCCAUUUUUAAAAGGUAAAGAUAUGUCAGGGUUCCUAUUUAUCAUUUAGUAUCUGUAGUAGCAAUAUCUCUUGUAGCAUUUGAUGAAAAGAAUUUUCCAUAUGGAAGUAUCUAUUUAAAAUCUUACUUAGAAUCAGCAAGUAAAUUUUAACUUCUGUACUUAAAACUGUAAGUAAUAGUAAGCUCCCCCACCUUGUACAGAGGGUUGGAUUCUGCCUACUUGAAACUGGAUAGUAAUUUAAUGAAAACAACAAAUUUGGAUCACUUAUUUUCAAAGUUCAAUAGUUUAUGCUGAAUUUAAUGUAAUUUUGCUAGACAUUUAACAAAACAUACAGUUCAGCCUUAUAUAUCCAGCUAUAUAUAAAAUAGGUAUACAUAAAAUUUAAGUAUCAUAACACAUAUAUAAAUGGGUAAGUAUAUAUAAAACCUCAAUUUUAAAUAUUAAAAUUGCUAAAGUUUACUCUCAUUCUUUAAAAACUUAUAAUGUAUAGAUGUUCACCAUAGCUCAUUGCUUAUUCCAUAGUUGUAACAGUUUGAAAAUCUUCACAUACAUACUUUUCUAAUGUUAGAAAUUCCAUAUAAUUUUAUUUACUAAAAAUUCAAAUUUAGGUAAAGGUAUAUGGUAUUAGACAGGAAUUCAUGUAGGUCAGAGACUUGCUUGAUUUCCAGAUGGAAUUUUAACUUACAAAAUUAAUAAAUAAUUUAAAACUACAGGUAUAGCUGUCCCUUAAUAAAGAGGGAAAUUAAUAGGACUUUCCUCUUCGUCUUCCAGCUGUUCGGAAGCAGCAGUAGGACUAGUCAGUUGAAUUCCAGAUUGCUCAGAAAGUUUUUUUAACUUCUCUUCUAAAAGAAUAUUUUUCUUUACUUCUUCUUUGUAAUUAUACUUCAGAUCUUCAAUUUCUUCAAAAAAUGAGGGAUCAAAAUUUUGUAGUUCUUUCUUCAGCUUUUUUAUUUCCUCCUGAUAGAAACAUUUUAUCUUUAAAAGCCAUACAUAGGUAUAUAAUACACUCUUAAAGGUUUGAACUAAAGAGAUAUCAAUAUGAAAGCCAAAGUAAUCUGAAUACCCAAAUACACUUAUAAAGACAGAAGUAUUUUCUUAAGAUUUUGUUAAUAAGGUUUCAUUGUGUAGUAUAAGUAACUACCAUAUUUUUGGACAAUAAGACGCACCUAGGUUUUAGAGCAGGAAAAUAGGAAAAAAAUUUUUGAAGCAAAAAAUGUGGUUAAAUAUUUAAUAACAUAAAUAUCAUAAUAUUUCACCAAUGUAAAUGUAAACAGAACUCAACAGCAGCAUUAACAACCAUUAUUCCUCCCAAAAUAGGGGAGGAAUAAUGUACAAAAUGGGGGGGGGGGGGCAACUUACAUUCUAAAAAAUACGGUAACUUGUUAAAUUAUUUGUUAGGUUCUAGGCUUUGACUAAAAUUUAUUAGCUCUUAAACUAGAGGGGGAUUUAAUCUUUUCCCAAAAGCAUACUCUCAGAUAGUGAGACCAGCAAAAAGAUGUGGCUAUUCACAGCAUUAAGGUUUUGGUUAAGAUUCUUUGGCUUAGGCUUCAUUUAUAUUGUCUUUACAAAUAAUGUAAUUUGUAAUGAAUUAAUGAUCAACUUCAUAUAAAUAUAUUUAUGAUCAGGGAAACCCUAGGGCUUCUGCCUGGCUAAAGAGUUAAUGCAUUUGGUAAAGAGACAAUUUGAGCUUUAAUGACCAUUCUAGAAUAGCAGUGAUCACUAGUUAACUUUCAUGUUCUUUUGUUCUGUUUACAGAUUCUUAAAGAAAGAGAUAAAGCAUAGUAAAUAUCUUUUUUUUAAGGGAAGGAAACUAUUCCUAAAAAGCAUUUCAAAAGGAGAUAAAAUACACUGUUCACAAUGUGACCAAAAACUUAAUAUUAAAACUGAGCUCUAUAUUUGUGGCAAUUACAAAAUAAAUUUACUUUUUAAUACUA